AUGGACCCCCCAACAACCGCGCCCCUCGACGGCUACCCCACCGCCAGCAACCCCGACCUCGCAACCCGCACGCACACCCAACCGCCCUUCCAGAUCUCCACCCGCAAGCUCCCCAUCCUCAAAGCCGGGCCCAUCGACGCGCUGGCGGCGCGCCUCACCAUCCCCAUCCCCGAGAUGAUCUUCGGCGACAACCUGGUCGCCAUCCGGCACACGCCCACGGGGUGGGCCGUGCAGUUCGGCGCCGAGGCCGCGCUGGACACGGUCGACAAGACGGGCGAGGGCGGGAUGCUGCGCGUGGCCUACGCGCGUGAGUGGAGCCGCUCGCGGGAGCGGACGAGCGCGGGCAUCUCCGAGGUGGUGCGGCCGUUUGAUUGGAGCUAUAGUGCCGCGUAUAAGGGGGAUGAGGUGAAAGCGGCGGAUGGGCGCGGGUUGAAGGGUGGUGGGGAGGAGGGGGAGAUUCCGUUGGAGUUGUUGAAGAGGAGGGACCCGAUUCUGUUUGCGGAUGAGGUGGUGUUGUAUGAGAGUGAGUUGGAUGAUAAUGGGAUAAGUGCCAUGACGGUCAAGGUGCGGGUUAUGGCGCAGAGGAUGCUGUUGCUGUGUCGGCUGUAUAUGAGGCUGGAUGGGGUGGUGGUGAGGGUCAGGGAUACGAGGGUGUAUGUGGAUUUUGAGAAGGAGGUGGUGAUUCGGGAGUAUACGGCGCGGGAGGAUGUGUUUGAGAAUGUCAAGAAGAAUCUUUACAUGAGCGGGAUGAUGCCAGACGCGAUUACCAUCGCUCUAAGAGACUCCAACCAGGUAGCUAACCUGCUGCCGGUUGUUGAGCACUCGCUAGACAGCGUCUGCCUGGCAGCAAACUCAUAA